AUGCAUUUUAUUUUAUGUUCUAUUCGAUAUUCUCCAAAUUUUUUAAUUUAUCGUCGAUUUUCUCUUUCAUCAUCAAAACAAAAUCUUUUUAAAAGUCUAUUUAAUCAUUUUCAAUAUGCUCGUAAAGCAAAAGAAGCUGCACAAAAACGUGGAAUUGAUUUUGCAAAAUUAACAAUUGAACAACAACUAAAAUUGAAACCAAUAUUACGAAUGAGAAGUGCAUUUCGUAUUGUUAAUAUAACAAUGGGUAUAAUGGGUCUGAUAGGUAUAACUGUUUGGUAUAGACGUCGUCAAAAAGAAUAUCAAAUUGGAAAAGAAAUCGAUGAGGAAUUAAAACCAAUUUGGAUGGAUUUAAAAUAUUUUAAACAUAAAGGUGCUAUGAUUGGAAAUUAUUUAUUACCUGAACAAAUUGUUGGAAAAUUAAAACAAUUAAAAAAUUUUCAAUUUAAUCAAUCAGAUUGUAUUUGUGCAUCAUUUCCGAAAUCAGGAACAACUUUAAUACAAGAAAUUGUUUAUUUAAUUCAAACUAAUUUUGAUUAUGAAUCAGCAAAAAAAAUCGAUAUUAGCGAAAGAUAUUCAUUUCUUGAAUGGCCAACUGUUAAUCUUCAAAAAUUAUCAUUAAAUCAAACAAAUAAAUCAAGAUUUUUUAAGACACAUUUACCACCAGAAUUUUUUAAUGAAACUUUUAAAAAAGCUAAAGUAAGAAAGAAA